CCCUGAAGUGGGUGGGAAGGUUUCUAUAGUAACCACUAGAGAGGGUAACGGGAAACCGCAGGCCGCGUCACCGAGUCGGGCCAGUUGUUAAUAGCGUGAGCGCGCACAGCGUAUGCUGUGAGUGUCAGUGUGAUCCCCGGAAUACCGCUGUAGCAGAAUGUGUGGGCGCACAGCAUGUACACUUGCCCCAGAUGAUGUCAGCAAAGCUUGUGCAUAUCGGGAUAAGCAAGGAAGAAGAAACUGUCCCAAGUGGCGGGAUGGUGAUGCGGAUAAAUACCACCCAUCUUACAACAAGAGCCCACAGUCUAACAGCCCUGUGCUCCUUUCUUUAAAGCAUUUUCAAAAGGAUGCAGAUACUUCUGAGCGAGUCCUUGCAGCUAUGCGCUGGGGGCUUAUCCCCUCCUGGUUCACUGAGGCAGACCCAUCAAAAAUGCAAUACAAAACUAACAACUGCCGCAGCGAUACCAUGACAGAGAAGACAUUAUACAAGGCACCACUAUUUAAAGGGAAGCGCUGCGUGGUUCUGGCUGAUGGCUUCUAUGAAUGGCAGAGACAAAAUGGUGAAAAGCAGCCAUACUAUAUAUAUUUCCCACAGAUCAAGUCAGAAAAGUGCUCUGACACAGAGGAUGGCACAGAGUGGGGCGGAUGGAGACUGCUCACUAUGGCAGGACUGUUUGAUUGUUGGGAACCACCCAACGGAGGAGAGCCGUUGUAUACCUACACUUUAAUCACAGUUAAUGCUUCUAAAUCCAUGGACUGGAUACACGACAGAAUGCCAGCUAUACUGGAUGGUGAUGAGGAAGUACGUAAAUGGCUAGACUUUGGAGAGGUGCCAUCCCAAGAAGCCAUUAAACUUAUCCAUCCCAUUGAAAAGAUCACAUACCACCCUGUAUCGUCUAUUGUGAACAACUCCAGGAACAACACCCCCGAGUGUAUUACUGCUGUUAUUUUGAGCAAAAAGAAGGAGCCGGUAUUAAGUGCCAGCAGCAAAAAGAUGCUAAACUGGCUAAAAAACACAUCUCCAAAGAAAGAAGCCGCAGACAGUGGGUUCAAGUCUCCUAAACUCUCCACAUUUGCUACAACAGCCAAACAAACCAGCGCAGGGUUAAUGCAUAAAUGGUUAAAAAAAGAAGAGGAAGAACCUUCUCCUAAAAGACUAAAGAAGUGAAGCCCUAGAAUGUUUUGUAAGACACUUCGUUCUGUUUAUCUUUAGCAAUAACAUCUGAGGAAUUGCUAAAGCUGCAUAAUGAUUCUUAAACCAAAGGAGAAAAAUAGAAAAACAGGUUAAAGUGAUGGUAAAUCCUAGCGCUUUUGGCACACUAGGAUUUACUAGUGCUUUAAAUAAAGGGGAUUUUCAGUCAUGAAGUAUAAAAAGCUUCAUGCUGAAAGUACUUUUAUUUGCCUGUGAAUUUAUGUCAAGCCUGCCCACAGCAAAACGCUAUUUUUUUUUUUUCUUUUUCAAUGAGAUGACUGUUCCACCUCUUAGCCAAUAGCCGUAGUAGCCAAUUGGCGUUUUACCUUAUGGCUAGCAUGGCUUUUUUUAAGCGGUGGAAACGUAACCUCAUUGUGAAAUCCUAGCGUUUUAAAAACAUUAGUGUUUACCAUCACUUUAAUAGAGGUAGCAAGUAAAUGUGUUGUAAAAAUGGGAAUCUGCUUGCAUUUGUUUUAAUCUUUGGGUCUUAGCAUCAGAGCAACUGAUAUUUUUAUACUAGCUCUAUUUUUGUAGAUCUUAUGCAAACAAUGAACAAAUUUAUGCUGUGGGUUUUUUUUUUUUAAUUGAAAGGGGAGGGGGUUGCAAUUCAAUACAUUUCCUAACCAUUUUACCUCUCAGCCUUGUAGAAUCCGUUUUUAUUUUAUCCAGGUUUACUCCAAAAAAUCUAGCUACUGCUAUCGAUAAAGUUCACUAUGUUUACAAAAUUAGUUGUAGAGAAAAUUGUCACUUAAAAAUAAGCACCUAAAGGUGGAGAGCAACUAUUUUCACUUCAUUCUGGAUUUUCAGUGUCUCUUUAAGAUAAGUUGCCAAGCCAUAUGUGUCGUUCUGCUUAGCAGGACAUGUUGGUAUUACAUCCUUUAUAUUCACUUUUGCACAUUUUAAAUACUGCCUUUUAAAAGUUUUAUAUUUCUUUGUUAAUAAUAAAAAUAUAUAAUUAAACCUAA